AUGGCGCAUUUAACGCAGAAUCCCGCCGACAAGGAACGGUUCAUCUGCCUUUAUCCCGUUUACAUCAACAGUAAGAAAACUCAGGCUGAAGGACGAAGAAUCCCUGCUGAGAAGGCAGUAGAGAACCCUUCGUGCGCAGAGAUCCGCGAUGUCUUGACAGCUGCCGGUGUGAACGUCCUUGUGGAGAACAAAAUGCAUCCUAGAGAGUGGAACCGCGACGUACAAUUCAGAGGUCGAGUCAGAGUUCAGCUCAAGCAGGAAGACGGCAGUUUGUGCAACAAUAAGUUCUCUUCACGCAAAGAUGUUAUGUUGUACGUAUCCGAGAUGAUUCCCAAGUUGAAGAGCCGCACGCAGAAGAGUGGCGCUGGUGAGAGCAGCUCGCAACAGAGCGAUGGUGGGAAGAAGACCAAAAAGAAGAAGAAGUGA